CAGGUAUUUGAUUCUACCACACAAGCCAGCUUUCAUACGACGUGUCCGAAAAGUUCAGAGCACCCUGCGGUUACCGGACAAUAUGCAGAUCUCAAGCAACGUGGGAGAUGGCAUGACUGAUAGCUUCUGUGUGGAAGGCAUCGUGGGCCUGUUCGUCAUCAGCUUGGUCUUCUUCUCCAUGUUGGCGAUGUCCACAUGCAUAGAGGACCCCCUAAUCACCAUAUCCGACGCAUUUUACUUUCCGAUCCUCUUCCUAGGAGUAUGGUGGGCUUGCGGCAUUGGUUCUCGCUGGAUGAUGGAAAACAGGCGAGCUUACAUCCGGGCGAGGCGACAGCUCUGGGGGUAGACAGGGC